UGUGUUUGCGAUGAGAGUAAUAGUGUUGUCGUAAAUACGAGUUCGGGUGGAGUGAGGGGACAGACACUGAAUGUUGUGAAUCACAAAAUCAAUCAAUUCUUGAAUAUACCUUAUGCUGAGCCCCCGACACUGAAUGUUGUGAAUCACAAAAUCAAUCAAUUCUUGAAUAUACCUUAUGCUGAGCCCCCGGUGGGCCCACUCAGGUUCAGUCCACCGCAACCACUACAGACACCUAAAAAGGAUAUAAUUGAUGGCACAGUCGAAGGUAACUCAUGCAUACAAAUACAAAGUCCAUUGUUUAUACAAAUGAUGGGUAAACUGACCACAAGUGAAGAUUGUUUGGUACUAAACAUAUGGACACCAAAUGUGGACAAAAGUGCAUCAAAAUCACAGCUAAAACCUGUUAUGUAUUGGAUAUACGGCGGGGCACUUACUAUUGGAUCAGUAUUUCAAAAGAUGUAUAACGGAAGUGUUUUGGCCACCAAUGAUGUGGUCAUUGUUUCCGUUAACUAUAGGGUCGGACAGUUAGGCUUUUUAUAUGGUGGCGAUCAGACAGCACCCGGUAAUCUUGGGUUUUAUGACCAACUUUUAGGAUUGAAAUGGGUUCGAGAAAAUAUUCAUCGAUUCGGUGGAGACAAGGAUCAGAUCACUAUAUUUGGUGAGAGCGCCGGUGGUUGGUCCGUAUCGGCACAUCUACUCUCACCCCUAUCUAAGGGUCUAUUUAAGAGGGCUAUUGUCCAAAGCGGUACUCAAAUGUUUCAUAAGGAUAGACCUGUUUUGGGAACUGUAGAGGCGUUGAGUAAAGCCAAAGAAACGGCCCGUAAAUUGGGUUGUGAUCCGUAUGACCACAAAUGGUUGGACUGUUUGCGAACAAUUAAGGACCCGGACCUAUUUUUUGAGCCCACAGAGGCUGAAGUUUCUUUUGGUGUCACGUGGCCUGUGUUUGGCACUGAAUUCCUACCCGUUUUACCACAAAAGGCUUUUGAAACUAAUAAAUAUAAUUCUGAUGUGGAUGUGAUGGCCGGUGCGACCAAAGACGAGGGUCCUAUGCUAGCAAUGAUGACGUUCCCACAAUUGAGGGCUGAUUUCAAUAUAAAGAAAUUUCACGAAUUAAUAGAACUCCAGAGAGAGAUCUACCAUAACAUAGACGUCCAGAAAGUGUCCGAUUAUUACCUCCAGAAUAGAGACCCCGAAAAUCCUAAUGACUUACAGCAAGCUUUCGGGGAACUGUAUGGCGAUAUGUUGAUAGUGUGCCCCACCUAUGGGUUUGCCAAGAGAUUUGCCAAAAGUGGUCGAGACACAAAUUUGUUUGCAAUGUUUGGUUGUGAUGAACACACCAUAUGUCACGCCGCAGAACUCCCCUAUGUUUUUGGUGAUCCCGUUAGGACUCCCCAAAUGUUUACGGAAACGGAUUAUGAUUUCAGUAUAGAUAUCAUGAAGAUAUGGACUAAUUUUGCUAAAAAUAUAAAACCACACAAUAUUUAUCCAAAACUUAUAGACAUUUCGGACGCGAAUUCAGUGCCAAAAGUGAAAGACUUGAAUCCCAACGAUAUGUCACUUGUUUUGGACAAUCCUUACGGAGAUAUUUGUGAUGGAUUUUGGAUGAGUGUAAUAGUGGUUUGCAUUGUUCGGUGUGUUUGCGAUGAGAGUAAUAGUGUUGUCGUGAAUACGAGUUCGGGUGGAGUGAGGGGACAGACACUGAAUGUUGUGAAUCACUUCAUCAAUCAAUUCUUGAAUAUACCUUAUGCUGAGCCCCCGGUGGGCCCACGAAGGUUCAGUCCACCACAACCACUCAAAACACCUAAAAAAGAUAUCAUUGAUGGGACAGUC